ACACACACAGUUUAUACUAGCUCUUCUGAGUGGCUAUAACUUUUUAGUGCAGUGGUGAAAAGUAUUGUUGCGACGGCAUCAGGCCUUCCAGAUCCUGCUGAGAUAUUCAACUGGUCUCCGAUGCACGUGUUCUGUAGGAGUUAGCACAACAUGCCGUGGUUCUCACGGAAGAAAAAGAGGAAACAAAAGAAUGCUGCCGUAAACAGCGCCAGUAGAGACGAUGCCGUCGUCACGACAACCUCACAGCCGGCGUUUGCAGUGGUGGUACAGAAUUUCGAGUCUUCGGUCUCGGACCAGAUCAGCGUGGAACGGGGACAGGUCGUGGAGGCUCUGUUCACCGAAGACGACUGGGUGUUCGUACGAAACGUCAACGGUCGAUGUGGGUAUAUCCCUGGCAAUUUCUCCUUCCCGUUGGAGAAGCUGAGAAUGGGUCUACCGGAAGAGAGCAGUGAGAGAGUCCGCCAGCUGCGAGCACAUCCGCGACCCACCACAAUACACGUGGAUACUUUUGACGACGACCCCUCGUGAGGGUGAGGUGGGAGAAGUGAGAGAAGGAGAGGACGAAGAGGUCAACAGUCCUGAUUCGGGGAUCUCGUGCAGUCACCAGGCCAGUAGCUCCAAUAUGGAGUCAGUUCAUUCCUCCCUCCACAACACGAGGGAGAGGUUGGUCACGAGAAACUCGUCCCGACGGGUGGCGGGAGACACGGAGGCGGAGUCAGACAGAAGCCACACCCACCCAAUUAGACACCCGGAAAGACACAAACGCUUCCUGAUGCCAAACUCAUCUCUCCCUCUUCUCGAGACGGCACCGUCUGCAGGAGAGCCUGACCACUCCCCCUCCCCACCUCCCCUCCAACCCGUUAAUCUUUCCCAGACACCUGGCCACGCCCACCAUGUCGCCACGGCAACCGUAACUGACGGAGACAACCUUCAGAGCGUUUCAGACGGCGAUGAUGUGUUCUUACCAGAGGCCAACAAGCCGCUCGGCAUCUACCAGUGCGCGGAGACCUACUCGCCUCAAUUUGAGGGAGAGAUUCCUCUGCAAAGAGAUGAGGUUGUGGUGGUUUUGGAGGCAGGGAGUGGGGAGUGGGUGUGGGCCAUGGGCUCGGAGGGAAAGGAGGGACUUGUUCUGAAAUCCCUGCUGCACAAAUACCGACCGGACGUCCCCGAGGAGGAGGAGGAGGAGGAGGAGGACGAGAUAGACAUUGGGGAAGAGGUGGGUGCACCGGGGGAAGAGGAGGGUGUGGAGGAAAUAGAAGAGGCGAGGGAGAGAGAGGAGCCAGCAGUGGCCGAUUCUGAGAUAUUGACGUCCUCCUCAGCCACGCAGACUGAACUCAUCAUCGAUGGCGUCGUUCGCGAGCUCUCCAGCUCGGUUCCCCAGAGAUCCUCCGGUACCACCGCCUCCCCUCCGGCUCAGGAUACUGCCUCAGUCUCGAUUCAGACAGAGUUUACACUGCCCAACUGGUUCAAAAACAACACACCAGUCCCCACUCCCAACAACACUCUCACUAGAACUACCGGCACACGCGAUGACUCUCACACUGGAGCCUCUUCGCACACCGCGGCACCAGACACUUCAUCACCCCCUCCACAAUGUCACGACUCUCACACGCAGCACAGCAACGCAAGCUCACAGCCACACCCUUCCUCCCCCCACGAAAGCUCAGCCCCUCUCAAAUUGCUCUGUAAUCCGCGUUCGUCUAACUCCUCUUCAAACUCCUCAGGUGCCACUGCACGAGCAUCGGUGGAAAAUCGCCCAAGGCAUCCGAACACUUCGGUUGGAGUAAGAACUCCAAGAGGGCCUUGUGUUCCUCUCACCCCGGCGUCUACCCCACCCCAACCCUCCGUUGUACUCCAGACUCCCAGCGCUAACAACGCAACACGCACCCUCGUCAGCAGCCACGAUGCUGCGGCAGCUCCUGCGAUUGCCGGAACAGGAGACAACACUACAACCUCUCAACCGCAGUCAAUCAGACCCAGUGAACCACCUCAACCACAACAACAGCAGCAUGCAGUGAGAGACUCGGGGACAAGAGAUGAGCAAGCGAGGCCAAGUUCCCGCGUGAUCCCUCCUAGUAAUGGGACAGGUACCAUCCAGCGUCAUCGACAUGCACUUCUCCAACACACCAGAAUCGUAAACUCCAUCCCUUUCGAACCUGACAAUGAAGCUGCCACCACCUCCCACCCCUCGUCCUCUGCACGUCGUCGCCGCAUGCAACCAACGCCCGUUGCCACGGCAGUACGCGACUACUCCCCCCCGCAGCGAGCCAGAAACGCCCUCGUUCUACGUCGAGGUGACAUCAUGUACGCGCAGCCUCACGUCCCUUUCCCUCACGGCUGGGUCUGGGUGUACCACACACUUCACAAGACGUUUGGUUACGUUCCGAAAGACCACAUAGCGUACAUGUAUCUGGUGCAGAAAGACCACGGAACUCUGCUGGAAGAUGUUGUUUGAACUUCUCUCACUUUUUCCGUAUAAACCUCGUGUUUUAUCUUUUGGGGGCAGUACCUAUUCCUUUCACCUCGUGUCUAUUUCCUAGUCACUGCUUCUGUAACCUGUCAUUUACUUUCAUAACAAUCAGUGAAAGUGGCCUGAAUGCAUGCGUGAAUUCCACAGUGUGUGUGUGUGUGUGUGUGAACUGCGUGCGUGGCACAUCACAACAGAAACGAAGCA